UCAGUGAAGCAGACGCACCUUUUCAGUUUCUCUCUCAGAAUUUCUCCCUCUCACUCUCCCUCUCACUCUCAUCUCUCUCAACACUCCACACUCUUUUUCUUCACGAAGAACCCAAAACCCUCGCUUUUCUUUCUAUUCAAUCCAUCUCUUUCUGUGUUUAUUCACAACUAUAAUGAAGCCUGCAGCCAAGAGAAGGUCAUCAACCUUCGAACCACACAACACCAACGGUGCUGCUCCUUCUCCUUCUGCUUCUGCUCAUCUUCCUGCUGAUUCUGUAAUCGUUCCUGUUCCUGCUGCUGGGGAAGGUGCUAAUGCUCUUGUUCAUGGCGAUUCUGGUGCUGAUACUGUUGGCGCUGGUAACCAACCCGUUCCUCUCGCUGAGAACCAGAAUAUGGAGUUGCAGGUAGGGCAAGGAGAACAACAACAGCAGCAAAGAGAGGAGCUUCUUCGUGUUGAAGUUUCCGGACUGGAAGAAGAAGAUGAAGAAAUGGAUGAUGGUGAUGAUGAUGCUGAAGAAGGUUCCUCUCGUCUUCCUGAGGGUUACUACGAAGUCGAAGCCAUUCGUAAAAGGAGGGUCCGCAAGGGUGAGGUUCACUACUUGGUCAAAUGGCUUGAUUGGCCUGAGACAGCCAACACAUGGGAGCCUCUGGAAAAUCUGGAGGGUGUUUCUGAAAUCGUCUCGGCUUUCGAGGAAAGCUGGCAUUCAGCGCCGCAACGCAGGCGUAAGCGAAAGAAUGUUGUUCAACAUUCUGCGCUUAAGAAGAGGCUGGAGCGAUCCGAGACUCCGUACAGCCUCAGACGAUUUCCAGCUUCAACAUCCACUAGCAACCAUGCUCCAUCAGCUCCUCCUCCUCAAAUAACGGGCCUAAAUUAUGGUGACAUCCCUGCCUUUCCACAGCCAGUGCUUUUUGCUGACGAAGUGGAAAACAACGGGGAUGCUAGCAUUGUCAGAAAUGCUGCACCCCCAAAUGUGAGUAGGCUUGGAAAUGCUUCUGGGUCAGUCGGUGCUGCAAAUGAAGAGCCCGAUUAUGAUCCUAAGCUUAGCGAGCUUAGAUCAUCAACAGCCAAUGGCUCUGAUGCUGACAGGCUCGCCAUACAGUUCCAAGAUCCAAAUCCCUCGUUAGGGGAUGGUCAUGGAGAGGGGCAACCAAAUGGUGGUUGCAUGGAAUCAAGCCAGGGUGGCGGCAGCAGAGGAGCCAGAAAGAGAAAAUCUGGUUCUGUUAAGAGGUUUAACCGAGAUUUACUCUCUGGUGAGCCUCUUAGUUUGCAGAAUCCAGCUGGCACAUCUGAAGGCUCGGCUCAACAGGUGGUAGCCAGUAAUAGGAAGGUGGAUCUGCCCAGACCUUCCAACCCGAUCGUAAAGAUCCUAAAGCCAGUGAACUGUUUGCCGCCAAUUCCAAUCAGCACUCAGGAUGUUGUGGUGAGCUUCUUGGCGAUAAGGGCUGACGGCUCGGAGAUAUUGGUGGACAACCAUUAUCUCAAGAGGAAUUAUCCAAUCAUGCUGAUCGAUUUCUAUGAGCAGCAUCUCCGAUACAGUCCUAUGUCGUGACUGAACAUCAUGCUUGCAGAGCUUCUUUCUUUUCUUUAUUUAGAUUUUCAUCUGUUAGUUGUUGUAUAAUCCGAAAUUGUGUAGAUUCAGAAGAUAGAGAAGGGUAAGAUGCAUUGUUUGUUAGUAUGUAGUUAUGACUAAUUUAAUCAAUUUUAUUCUGUAUUUCGCUAUGUACUAUAUGCAUAUUACCAUUUGCUAUGUUUAAUUGUUGAUAACAUGAAGAGUUAGCUCUGUUGAAUGCACAACACUUUGGAAUCAAGGAUGCAAUUCUUAAAUCUUGGGCAGGAACAGAACAAUUUAUUUUGGAUUAGUAGCAAAUUUUAUGGUACGUUCUUUAUCUAUUUAUUAGCAACUUGCAUAUUUAUGAUUAUUGCACAGCUAUAAACUGUGGAUGCUGAUGCUAUUAUGAUGGUUAUUCAUUAUGCAUUUCGUUUUAAAUAUAGCUAGUUUGGAUUAGGAUCUAGACUAGUAUAUGGAGACUCUAGAAUCACGUCAUAUAUAUAGCACAUCACCUCAAAUUCAUGUUUAGUGGAAAUGAUCAAGAAACAUUAGUAAGCCGUGAGUAAACCAAUAAUGAUUUCUAAACCCUAAACUUAAUGAUAAUCCACCUAAUUAUGCUUAAUGAUUUCUAAACCCUAAACUUAAUUAGUGUCGUCGAGAUGAAGACUACCCAGAUUAGAGUUGCCGAGAGACGUUUCGUUACCAAUCGUCGAGAUGAAGACUACCCAGAUUAGGGUUGCCGAGAGACGUUUCGUUACCAACCCUCUAACUCCCGGCGAAAAAGCGCAGCGGCGGCUUGUGUCGACGAGCAUUCAGAGAGGAAGCGAGAACAAUUGAAGGCUUUGCUUUCCAUUCAUUCACUCCCAAUUUUGGUGUCUUUUGCAAUUGUUUCUUAUUUCCAUCCUUGACCACCCUAAUUAGCACUAUAUUCUCGUUUUG